AUUGCACGAAGAGAGGAGCAGAGAUUGGUACAGUUCUUAAUGGCUCUUCGUGAUGAGUUUGAAGGACUUCGUGGGUCCAUUCUGCAUCGUCAUCCGCUGCCUUCUGUUGAUUCUGUUGUUAGUGAACUUUUGGCUGAGGAAAUUUGUCUUAAGCCUUCUGUUGUAAAGGAAGUUUCUACGGUCUCUACUCCAUCAGUCUUCGCCAUGCCUCCACGACCAAACUUUUAUUCUCAAGUCAGGCCAUAUGGAACUGUUGCUCGUGAUGAAUGUAGUUUUUGUAAACAGAAAGGUCAUUGGAAAUCACAAUGUCCAAAGUUGGGUAAAGGAAAGCAGCAGUAUACUCAGCAACAGCCCCAUCAGCAGUCUCAGCAAUGGAGUUACCGACCACCAGCUCCUCAUAAUGGACCUCCUCUUCUUCCUCGCCCUCACAAUGCAUUGGCGACUUCUUCUUUAGAUCCAUCAAUGGUUGAGCAGUUUCAACAGUUCCUUGCAUCUCAGUCACAUGCCAUGGCAGCUUCAUCUCAAAUAGGUUUGUCAUCUAGUUCGUCAGGAUCCAAAGUCUCAGGAAGUGAUUGGGACCGGCCAUAGGGAAGGAGGACUUUAUAUAUUGGAUCAGCUCAAAACUCCUAAGAUUGCGGCUGCUGUUCCUAGUGUGGAUGUUUCGUCUUUUCGUUUGAGUCAGUCUUCUUCUGUGUUUUAUUUGUGGCAUUCUCGCCUUGGUCAUGUCUCUAGAUCUCGAUUACAAUUUUUAGCGUCUACAGGAGUUUUAGGAGAUUUGAAAACUCAUGAUAUUUCUGAUUGCAGUGGUUGUAAACUUGCAAAGUUCUCUGCUUUGCCUUUUCCUAAAAGUAAUUCUUUUGCUGUUGCA